AUGUCGCUCCACAUCACCGUCGUCCCCGCCUCCUCACAAGGCGGCAAAGAGACGAUCCGCAACCUGCUCCGCCACGCCAGCCAGCCCAGAGUCCGUGGUGUCUACCGCGACAUAGCUAAGACGCCCGCCGAGUUCACAGACAAUGCCAACUUUGAGCCUGUUCAAGGCGAUGUCUCCAAGGCCCCACCCGACUUCUCCGGCUCUGAUGCUGUCUUGUACAUCCCGCCGCCCACAUUUGAGGACGUCAAUGUUGCCGAAUUCGCCACCAAUGCCGCCAACAAUGUCAAGGCCGGCCUUGAGCGCGCCUCCGUGAAGCGGGUCCUUAUCUUCUCGGCGAUGGGUUCUCAAUACGAUCCCGAUGCCAUUGGUGUUCUGAAGAUCAAUCAUAUCACUGAUAAAAUUCUCGCUGCAAGCGCGCCUGAGGUAGUGGUCAUCAAGCCGGGCUGGUUUCACGAAAAUUGGACCCAAGCCUUCGCAACAGUGAAGCAGGAGCCCGCUCAUUUUGAGUCUGUCUUUACACCAGCAGACUACGAGAUCCCAAUGGUCGGUCAACAAGAAUUUUCUGUGUCAUGA